AUGAAGCAAAAACGUAAGCGUUCAAGAAAAGAUUUGUUGGAAAGGUUACAAGGAGGAGAAAUUCAAAUGAGUGUGGAAACUUUUCAAGAUCAACAUCAACAAAGUAACAAAAAUCAAUUCGAUCCUUCCUCAAAUUCAAAUGAAGUUCAGCCACAAGAAAAUAUGAGCACGACUAAUAGUCCGCAACAAGAUGUCAACAUGACUAAUAGUCCAUCCAGUGAUGACACAUUUGACCCUUCCUUAAUUUCAAGUGAUGUUCAACCACAACAAAAAAAGGAUCCUCUACUUGUCAAAGUUAAAGAUACAUGUACUGGAGAAAUUAUAACUAAAAAGAUGAUAGCAAAUCAAGUUUGGCAUUUAGAAAAAACUAAGAAAGUUGUUGUGGAACUCAAUGAUUUUGGACAAGGAGACAAUAGUAGUUCAAACUUACUUGUGAGAUUCUUAGGCCAAGUUGCUAAAAAGUCAGUCUAUUGUCCUAUAUCAGUUAAAAGAUGGGAUGAGAUGCCUGAAAAAUGUAGCAAAGAUCAAUGGAAAUGUAUUGAGGAUCACUUUGAGUUUGACUAUGCUGAUGGAAUCAAAUGGGUGUGGAGUACACUAGGGGAAAGAUGGAAAGCCUAUAAAUAUAAGUUACGGAAUAAAUACUUUUAUCCCAACAAAAGCAAGGAAGAAAUACUUGCUAAUCCUCCUUCGAAUAUGGAUCCUAUUGAGUGGACUUCUUUUGUGCAUCACUAUAAUGAUCCCAAAAUGAAGAAACAAAGUGAGCAGAAUUCCAUAAAUCGUAAGAAACUUAAAGUCUCACAUGCUGGUGGUAGUAAGAGCAAUGCAAGAAGAGGUCGUGAAAUGGAGCUACAAUUAGGAAGACAUGUAUGUCGGAGCGAGGUUAUUUUAGCAACUUUAAUGAAGAAGGAUGGAAAUUAUGUGAAUGAAGAAGGAAAAGCUAUGGCUGAGAAGAUUUCAGAGGUUUUGUCUGAAGAUAAAGAACGUACUGCUGCUGUAGGUGUCUCAUCAAAGAUAAAUGUGUACCCUGAUGAUGCCAUAGGAAAAAUAUAUGGGGCGGAGCACUCGGGUCGAGUACGUGGUUUAGGUUUAGGGGUUUGUCCUACUCACGCGUUUGGAAAGAGGAGACAUUUCACAAAUUUUAUUGAUGUUGGUAGUUUUAAUCAAAAGAAUGUUGAAGACUUACAGAAGAAUGUAGAAAGUUUGGGAGAAAAGCUAAUUGGAUAUGAAGAGACGAAAGAACAACUUACACAAACAAAAGAACAGCUUACACAAACAACUGAGAAACUUACACAAGCACAGCAUCAAUUGGAAAUUCUUCAAAAUUUCAUGAAGCAUAAAUUUGGUGAUGAGCUAUCUAUUUUCAAUAGCAAUGCUUCUCCAAAUUAG